CAAACAAGUGGCGUCUGAAGGAAGUAUGACGACGGAGGGCUGAGACGGUCUUUUUGCUUAGAACUAACACUUGCUUUUUUAAAUAUAUCGCUAUACUUGGACAAGAAUUAAUAGCUGCUGUUAAAUCUUUAAAUCGAGGUUGAUUUGAGAAACAGACUCUUGCCUCCUGUGCAUGUAUGUACGCUAACGAGCACGUAGCCAGCUGGUGGGGUAGCUAACAGAUAGCUUGGUUAGCUACCUGCUCGCAUUUCCAUUUAGUCUUUUUUCCAAGUGGACCCAGGGGAGGUCUUGUUGCCGGCUGCUGUGCAAUAAUAUAUCUAGUAUGGAUUCUGCCAGGCUCAAGCUGUCAAGGGAGAUCAAGCCACAAAGGCCUGACGUGAAGUUAAGCAGUGAUGGACCAAAACGGAUUCCUGUGUCACAAUCGCAGACCAUUCAACAAAAGCCUGUAGUCACACCAACCCAGCCACAGCGGGUACUGGGUCUAUCAAAUGGACCUCAGCGCAUUCAACGACCCGUGAGCCAUCAGAAGCCAAUAUCUCACGUUAGUGCUGUUAGCAAGACUACACAUAUUGCCGACCAGAAUAUGAACCCUGCUACUCAGAAUGUAAAUCCUGCAGCACAAUCCAAACCUAGUACCCAGCAAAGCCAGCCGAAGACAAAUGUGCCCAAGGUGAACCCUGUGCCAACCAAAACGGCAACAGAACCAUCGAAACAGGACAAGCCUCCAAGCAAGCCUGAAAAGAAUGACUCCACAAAUGCCUCUGCGUCAAAGAAGCGGUGGAGCCUGGAAAAUUUCGACAUUGGCCGCCCCUUAGGAAAGGGUAAAUUUGGCAAUGUCUACCUGGCGAGAGAGCGUCAAAGUAUGUUCAUCUUGGCCCUGAAAGUCCUCUUCAAGAAGCAGCUGGAAAAGGCAGGAGUGGAGCACCAGCUGAGGAGAGAAGUGGAGAUCCAGUCUCACCUCAGGCACCCUAAUAUCCUGCGCCUCUAUGGCUACUUCCAUGAUGCAUCCCGUGUGUAUCUCAUCCUGGAGUUUGCACCUAAGGGAGAGCUCUACAGUGAACUACAACGAUGUGGCAGUUUCAAUGAGGAGAGGAGUGCAACAUACAUCAUGGAGUUGGCAGAUGCCCUCAACUACUGCCACUCUAAGAAGGUAAUCCAUAGGGACAUCAAACCAGAGAACCUAUUACUGGGAGCCACCGGGGAGCUGAAAAUUGCUGAUUUUGGCUGGUCUGUCCACACACCAUCCUCCAGGAGGUCCACCCUGUGUGGAACACUGGACUACCUGCCUCCAGAGAUGAUUGAGGGAAGAACUCAUGACGAGAAGGUGGACCUGUGGAGUCUGGGGGUCCUGUGCUAUGAGUUCCUGGUGGGCCAUCCCCCUUUUGAAACAAAAAGUCAUGAGGAGACUUACCGCAAGAUAUCAAGGGUGGAGUUCAGUUACCCAGCUCAAGCCAAUGUCAGCGCAGGUGCCAAGGACUUGAUUGGCAGGCUGCUGAAGCACAACCCCAUGCACAGGCUGCCCAUCCAGGGAGUCCUGACCCACCCCUGGGUGGUGGAGAACUCUACCAAGAAACCCACCACCCUGUCAGCCAGCACAGAGCCUGCACAGUGAGCCCGUGUAGCCCCCACCACACGCUAGGUGAUGGCUGUACGUGUUUUCAUGACCCUGGGGUUUUUCAAUGGAAUGGGUCCAAGUGACGGGUCAGGGCUGAGCACAGGCUGAUAACAGAUGUGUAACGUGCAGCUGAUUCACCUAAACCUCCUACUUUAACUGUGGUCUACUUCCUUUCUCCUUUGUAUGAAUGCUUUCUUUUAGCCACCUCAAGCCAUUGUGUUGUCUUUCAGUCUUUUUGAAUGUUCUUGUCAUCUCAAUGGCAUUCUUAUGUCUGUAAAUAUUUUACUGUUUCUCUUUGAAAUUAUGAAAAUUAUAUUGACUCAUUGAAAUUUCACUACUUGAAGUAAUAAAUGUCCUAAAAAUGUUCACAAAAUGUGUGAAGUUGUAUUAAACUUGUUUCCUUUUUGUAUUACUAAA